AUGCAUCUGGAGACGUUGAGUUGCAUCAUGUAUCAUCCAACCAGGGGCGGCGUUCGCGGAGGAAAAGAUCAAUUCAAAUGGGACGACGUAAAGAGUGACAAGUUCCGGGAGAAUUUCCUCGGCCACAGUGUGAUGGCGCCUGUCGGUCGCUGGCAGAAAGGCAAGGACCUGCAGUGGUACACGCGCGCAAAGCCCGGGGACAAGGCCGCCGUUAAAGCAGCCGCGGAGGAGCAACUGAAGGUGGAGAGGCAGCGGAUGAAGGAGGAGGAGGAGGCGGCAAUGAACGAGAUGCUGGGGAUAGCGCCCGUGAAGAGGAGAGGGCCGAAGCCGGGGGAGACGCGAGGCAUGGAGAAGGGCGAGAUGGAUGAGCUGUUCAGGAGGGGGCAGAGCGGCGUGGUGCUGACGCAGGAGUAUGCGUCAGGGGAGAGGAUUCAGGGGCUUGGAUUUGCACCGGCACCGGGGCAUGAGGAGCGCGUGGCACGCAUGAAGAAGCAGUUGGAGGAAAAGAUUGCUGCACAGGGUGCUGCUGGGGCUGUCAAUAGCGAGGAUAAUGCAGCAGGCAGCAGUGCCAGGGCUAGAGAGGCUGGAGAAGACGGCGGGAACAGCGAGGAAGAGGACUUGGAGGAGCAAAGGGCACAUGGUAAAGGGCGUGAAGAGCCAGGACUUGGAAAGGGGGAUGGUGGGGAAGGAGUCGUCAAGUCAAUUGCGCUUCCCUUCCUCUUCCACCCUCCGACAAUUGAACGCUCCACGUCCCUUCCCUCCAAUACCUGCGGCACACCCGCACUGCAUGCAGCCAGCAACGGCACGGUGAUCAAGGGCGCAGAGGAAGCCGCAGGAGGGCCGCUGCAGUUCUGUCUGGGUCGCUUCGCCAUUGCUGCACUCGCGCUCUCUCCGCUGCUCCCCGCCGCCCUCGCCAACCCCGCUGUCCGCCGCUGCGGCAUUGAGAUGGGCCUGUGGGCGGCUCUGGCGUACCUCUCCCAGGCCUUCGCACUCAUCACCACUGGCGCUGGUCGUGUGGCCUUUAUCGGCACUUUCACUAUGAUAGAGGUGCCGCUGGUGGCGGGGCUGCUGGGGGCGCGCAUCCCUCCCCUCGUGUGGGCUGCCACUGCCUCCGCCGUUGCUGGCGUUCUCCUCCUCGAAGCCAACUCCGAAGCCUCCACGCUGGUGGGGGACGGCCUGGCACUGGUGAGCGCCAUGGCGUUCGGGCUGCUCAUGGUGCGAUCGGAGCACUUCGCUAAGACUGUGCCUGCUACAGCGAGCCUUGACCUCAUCGCCCUGCAGAUAUCCACAGUGGCGUGCUGUGCUGCCAUCGGCACAGCACUCAUCACCCUCGUAGACCUUCCAUCCGCCACCACCGCCCUUGCAGCCGACAUAGCGGCUCAGACGUCCCUGCCUGGAUUUGCCGCCCAGGCCAAGGAGCUAAUCAGUGCCACGUCACCCACUGAUGCUGUGGAGAGAUUAGCGAUGUUGGCGGGCUCGUGGCCGUGGGUGCAGAUGGGGUACACUGGGGUGGUUUCCACCGCCCUCUGCCUCUGGCUUGAGAUCGUGGCACUCCGGCAUGUAGCGGCAUCUGAAGUGGCCAUGGUCUACACUCUCGAACCGCUAUACUCGGCUCUCUUAGCCUCCUUUGUCCUGCAGGAGGAGUGGACAACUGUAGGGUACCUGGGAGCAGCACUGAUAUUCGGCGGAAGUGCUGCUGUUCAGCUUGGGAAUGGCAGGGAUGAGAAGACUGAGCGUGACGUUCUGGAAAACUCGGCAGCAAAAUAA